AUGUUUCUUGAAGGUGAAGUCUGUAUCCAGCUACAGGUAACAGACAUUAAAGAAAAGCUAAAGCUCUCUAAAAAGUUCUGGUCAACAUUACCCUACACAAUCUGCAAGGAUGAGCGAGUGACAGCUGGUCCGUCAAUCGAGGAGGACUGCUGGAACGGCCACACCAAGGCAAGAUACUUGCCUGAGAUUAUGAACGAUGGCUUGACCAACCAGAUCAACAAUCCAGAAGUAGAUGUGGACAUCACAAGGCCAGACACCUUCAUUCGACAACAAAUCAUGGCCUUACGUGUCAUGACCAACAAACUGAAGAAUGCGUAUAAUGGAAAUGAUGUCAACUUCCAGGAUACAAGUGAUGAAACCAGCGGCUCAGGCAGUGGAAGCGGCUGUACAGAUGACAUCUGUCCCACCGAGUUCGAUUUCGUCACCACCGAAGCACCUCUGGUCGACUCCGACAGGAGGGAGGUGGAGGCUUCAGCCACGCAGCCUGGCCGGUCACUGCAGACGUUGCUCGUUGUCUUCAUCAGCCUCCUACUGCAGAGACAGUGGAGAUAA